AUGCACUUCAUCACCGCCCUCUCCCUCUUCGCGGCAGCCGUCGUGGCCAGCCCAGUCUCCCACCCAGCAGCACCAUCCCAUGCAGCACCAUCCAUCCCAACACACGCACCAAUUCCAGUUCCAUCCCACGAUACAAAGAAGCACCACAGCUGGGCCUCAUACCACCACAACAACGAGGAGCGGGCUGUGCCAUCGUUCGCCAAGCCAUCGUUCGCGGUCCCAAGCUUCCCGGUUCCAUCAUUCCCGAUCCCAAGCUUCUCGAUCCCAUCAUUCCCUAUCCCAACGCCAUCUUUCCCAGCGAUCUUCCCAACGACAACGAUUACGAUUCCUGGUGGCCCGACUAUUACGCUUCCACCGAGGUUCAGCGAGACUGUGAUUACGAUUACGAAGCCUAUUACGACGGAGUUCACUGUACCGGUACCAGUUUUGUAG